UGUGAAAAGACCCCUGGUGGCAUGUCUGGUGGGUAAAAUCUUGGAGGAGUAUGGGUCUGGAGAAGCCUUCAGCACAGACGACUACUUCAGGGUGAAUUGGAAGAUGGUUGGGUUCCACAAGAAAUACCUGCAAGAAGCUCAUGAAUGGAACCGUAACAGAGUUCUUCAAGCCAUCAGAGGAAAAGUCCAUCCGAUCGUGAUUGACAACACCAAUAUGUAUAAAUGGGAGAUGUGGCCUUAUGUCCGAAUGGCGUUUCGCCGUGGCUACUGGAUCGAGUUUGAGGACCUCCCUGUCAUUCCGUUAGAGAUUCUCAACAGGUGGUGUCCUCAGAUCCCAUGGAGGUGUUAGAGAGGAUGAAGGAAGGUUAUGAGCCCGUAAAGAAAUAUGGGAGUCAUCUAUGAUUA